GUUCAGUCUCAGACACUUGAUUGAACACGUGACAGAAGUUUGACCUGAGUUGGAGCAGCAGUUUGUCCCUCUCUCCUUUUUCAUGUUCUACAUUAAUAAUGCGCGGGCUCAUUUGUGGACCUAAAUGCGCCGCAUGCGGGAUUGUACUGAGCACGUGGGGGGUGAUAAUGUUGGCCAUGCUCGGGAUCUUCUUCAGUGUACAUUCAGCCACACUGAUUGAGGAUGUGCCUGCACCUAACGACAUCCACCAAGAAGACUACCCACAGAGGAUCUAUGAGCUGUACAACAAGGUGGGCUACAACUGCUUCAUAGCAGCUGCUGUCUACGUCCUGGUUGGGGCCUUCUCCUGCUGCCAGAUGAGGCUCAACCAACAGAAGGCGUACCUGGUGCACUAGUGCCACCUGCUGGACUGGCGAGCUCCCGGCAGCACUGACAGCAGCAGGAGGAGAAGGGUAUCACCUGCUCUCUGAGCUGCCUCUGUCUCAGGGUUUAAAUCUCCUCAUGAAGGAGAGUGGAUGCUGUGAGACAUGAAUGUUCUGCACCUUCAUAUUAGAGAUUAAUUUUGAAAAUAAGUGCUUUAAUUAUUUGAUUGCAGAAGAGUUCAGUUGUUCUCCAGAGUCUGAAUGAUUCCUCUUGUCAGAGUAUUUAAAUAUUGUAAAUUAUUUUGUCUGUACUGACUGUACUGCACAAGAGAAUGUAUUUCAGAUUGUUACCAGUAUCCAGUUGUGACUGUAAUAUUAGUCAUUAGAUGAAGUUAUUAAAUUGUUUUCUCUGUA